UGCAAACUCAACAUGUACAAAAUGUGCAGCACUCAGUCAGACGAAGAGAGUGAAGAUGACAAGAAUUCCCUUUCCUCCUCAUUUUGGUCUGAUGGAGAUGAGGAGAAAGAAGAAGAAGAGGAUGAGAUUGAGCGAAUGAUUCACUCUAAACCAGCCACCGAUACAGAAGAUUUACUUCAGGGGGCUUCAGAGGAGGUAAAGAGUGGGUUGAACAACCAGAGCAACUUCAGCAAGGAAAGUUUGGAUAGGACAAAUAACGAUGAGGAGGAGGAAGAAGAAAGGUGUAGUAGCAGUCCAGAUAGUCUCGCACCAAGUCUGAUGACCUCUGGCUAUGGGACCUACAAACCAGAGGGGCAGGAGGGAGCAGAGUACAGAGAUGACCACACCAUAACAGAGUUUGAUCAGGAUAGUCUGUCUGAGAUGAGAGAGGACGAAGAGGACAGUCGGUCACUCAGCAGCUUUGGCGACUUUAUUGAACCUACACAUAAGCCAGACUUCAAUGAACUGUCUGUGUUAGAGGUCAGCAAGAUUUUUGAUAAUGUGGCGUGCUGUAGAGAAAUCAUCCACAUCACAGAAGUGCAUUCGGAACAGAAGAAAAAGCAGGCAGGUGAGGAGGAGUGCGAUCUACAUGCGGCAUCUGAAAAGAAAGCACCAAAAGAACAGCAUCGCACUGUUCAGGCUGAAGACAUGUUCCGGCUGAACGAGAAGCAAAAACAAGAAAUAGAGGUGCACGACCUUCAUGGGUUCAAUAAUGUCAAGAAAGACGUCGGAGGAAAAGCGGAGUGUGAAGAUCCAGACGAGUCUUCGAGCAACAAAGACAUCAAGUUUAUUGACUCCAGAGUGAACAUUAGCUCGACCAUGAUGUAUGGCAACACGUGUGCAGAGUGGGAAGGAAACCUCAGACAGGACAGGGGUACAGCGAGCUGUCUGGAAGAAAGACUGGCUCAACUUCAUUUAGCCACAUCACCUGAGCAGGAGUCACCUGAGUCAGACAAUGAAGACCUGGACGAUCAGAGCGACACUCAGACCUCUGAGAGUGAAAGAGUGUCUUUAAGCGCUUUUGAAUCGUACAUGAAAGGCAUGACUCGAACUAAGAGUGAUGGUGAUAUAAGGCCCAAACCAAAGUCCUUCAUCCGGCCAGUGAUGAGUCAACAGACCAUAAAGAAGACUGACCCAGUAGCCAAGUAUUUCCAGUACAAGCAGCUCUGGGAGAUGUUCAAACUUUCAGGAGAGAAGGACAGGAGGGCACUGCGCUCAGAGAUUAAGCAACGGCUCACAUAUCAGCCUCCACCACCUAAACCUCGGAGAGUUUACGUACCCAACACCUACAUCGUGCCAACAGAGAAGAAACGGUCAGCACUUCGCUGGAAGAUCAGGAAUGAUUUGGCCAGUGGUCUCCUUCCAUACAAAUGAUUACACUCUGCAUGUUGUUUUUACAUAUUUUUAUUAAACUUUUGCUUUUUUUUUUAUCAUUGGAGUUAUUUAUUAUUGACUUUCUUGUUA